GCGGGGCUGGGCGGUGCGCGGUGCGCGCGCUCUCCGCCGCCUCUUCCCGCCGCCCGCCGCAGUGGUCGGGCGCGUGUGCGCGGCGCCGUGCCCCGCCGUGCCCCCGCCCCACCCGGUACCGGCCUCACCGCCACCCCCGACCGGCCUCGCAAGCCCCCACGCCACCAGCCCCCCCGCCGCCAUGGCCGACGAGCUCGACUUCACCACGGGCGAUGCCGGCGCCUCCUUCACGUACCCCAUGCAGUGCUCGGCGCUGCGGAAGAACGGCUUCGUGGUGCUCAAGGGCCGCCCCUGCAAGAUCGUGGAGAUGUCCACCUCCAAGACGGGCAAGCACGGCCACGCCAAGGUCCACUUGGUUGGUAUUGAUAUCUUCACUGGUAAAAAAUAUGAAGAUAUUUGCCCAUCAACUCAUAACAUGGAUGUUCCAAAUAUCAAGAGGAAUGAUUACCAGCUGAUAGGUAUUCAGGAUGGGUAUCUCUCCCUGCUGACAGAAAGUGGUGAAGUUCGUGAGGAUCUAAAGUUGCCAGAAGGGGAUCUUGGCAAAGAAAUAGAAGGAAAAUUCAAUGCCAAUGAAGAUGUGCAGAUAUCCGUCAUAAGUGCAAUGAAUGAAGAAUGUGCUGUAGCCAUAAAGCCUUGCAAAUAAAGAGGAUCACCAGGCUCGGGCAACUGCUCAGAAAACCCCUGCUGUCCUGUGCUGUAUAUUUAACCGUUACCUGUUGUUCAGUGUGGCUUUCAAAACUCUGGGGAAAGAGGAAUGAUGGUGACGACUUGUUUUCCUGAUGCUGGUGGAAACCAAACCCUGUAACUGGUGUGAGCUGGGGGCAGCAGCCCUGGUGGUUCACGUGUCUGUUUUGGAAGCUGUAUUGUUGUCAACGCCAUGCCAAUGAUCAGGGGGAAGAUGUAUGUGCAUUGUUUUGCUCCAGAAAUAAUAAAGAUGUCAGUGCUGUGGG